AUGUCCAGGAUCCUCGAGCUGAGAAAGACGCUCGAGGCCAAGGAACAGCCAGCAAACUGGGGAACAAAGUCGGCGUCGGUGACCGCGACCCUGAUGUCGUGGAACUCCUUCUUCGGCACCAUCAUCCUCACAGAGGACGCACCGGCUGGAGUAGGCGACCAGUUGCUGAUAACAAUUGCGGAAGCAAUCAGUGAUAUGAAGUACGUGAGAGGAAGACUCAGCGCUAUAGUCAGCGCCAUGAACAAAAGCAGCUGGAAAAUCAAAGUCAACUGCCAGGACACAUUCCUCACAGACCCCGAGGAGAAAGAAGGCAAAGACGAAGCAGGCAACACCAUCAAAUACCGCGUCUUCAAAGACAGCCGAACCACAGACUCAGCAGGCACGGUCAAAGUCAGCACCGCAUCCAGCAUGUGCCAGGACUCGACAAAGGUCAGCGCAUGGACCUUCUACAACGACGUAACGGCCAUGCAGGAGAUGACGCUCUGUCCGUCGGCGCUCUCGCGCUGGGGCGAGACAACGCUCACGUCCACCGCGAACUCGCAGAGCGCCCUGAAGGCCAAGAAGCUGAACGCGCUGAAGCGCAAGGCCGGGGCGGAAAUCAUCCUGCAUGAACUCACCCACUCGAAGGCGAUACACGGGCAGGACAAGAAGACCCGUGACGAGACGUUUCCCGUGACAGACGAAGACGGGAAUGAGAAGGAGGUGCAGGCGUACGGGUUCGACAAUGUCAGGGGGCUGGCAUUCUUUGACCCUGCGGCUGCCAUAACGAACGCUGAUUCAUAUGGCCUGUUUGCUCUAGAUGAAGCUAUGUACUACGACGCGUGCGUGUGGGAUGAGGGCGUCUGUACGGGCGUGGACAAGUCCGGCACAUUCACGGGGGCCCAUUUCGAUUAUUAG